UCCAAAAUGGAGACGGUGUAAUUAGGCAAAUAAGCUUACUUGACCUUACUCGACUUAACCGGCAAAUAAGCGGCCCCCGCAGGAUACUCUUUACUCGUCCUUAUAAAAACAAAAUGGAUCCCUUUUCCCUGUAGGGCCCAUCUUAGUCCGAAAAAAAAGUCUUCCAACGGCUAUGUUACAAUUAUGAAACAAUGAGAUGAAUAUACUGGCCUUUUUUUUUCUUUUUUUUUUAAGUUCUACAAAGCCUACAAUGACUAAUUGCUUUCAUUAAUACGCCAUCCCAAGAGUGCUUCAUUAAGAAGCCUCGGGAGAAUUUCCUCACUUGAUUGCAGCCAGUGCCGUUGUCGUCCGCAAAAAAGAAUUUUUUUUUGGCAUUUCACCUUCUCAGCUUGUCUUCACGGUCUACUGCAAGAAGCCUUUUGACAGACAGGCCUUUCAUCCCCCCCACCCCCCCCAAAAAAAACAGCCUAUUUUCUGAUAGGCCAGCAAGGGUAGCCAAUUAGAGCGAGACUGUGGCCCAAAGCGGUGAGUGUGGAAAAGGGAAGGAAACUCAGCCGCCACUCAAGACACAGACAAGCAGAGAGAGAGAGAGAGGAGGAAAAGUAGUCCAAAGUCACAGUGGAAGGUGAUGAAUUAGUACGUGAAAUCCGCGCGAGGUGGGGUGGAACAUCCCUAUUCGGAGGCAAUUCAGGGUCUUGUGGUGUUUUUAUUUUUUUUUUCCUGGGGGGGUAUGCAGUCUUUCAUGACGCCUGCUCGGAGAACUCGAGCUUAGCGAGAUGGUUGGGAGGCAAACGCACCGAAUGGACAGCGGCACUUGCUCCGUGACGGUGGUGGACGACAGCCCGAGCUCCAGCCCGGCGGGCCGGUUGCCGCCGCCGCAGCAGCAGCAGCAGGCCGGCGCAGGAGGCGGCAGGGGCCGGCCGGCGGCGGCCAACGCGGCGCGGGAAAGGAGCCGCGUACAGACCCUGAGGAACGCCUUCCUAGAACUGCAACGCACGCUGCCGUCGGUGCCUCCCGACACCAAGCUGUCUAAACUGGACGUGUUGAUACUGGCCACCACCUACAUUGCCCACUUGACUCGAACUCUGCAGGAGGAAGGCGCCGACGAAGGAGAAAGCACAAAGCACGCGGAGGCGUUACACUCGCUCAAAGGGGAAGGCUACUUGCACCCGGUCAAGAAAUGGCCGAUGAGGUCCAGACUGUACGUGGGAGCGAGCGGUCAUUUUCUGAACAAUCCUUCAGAACCUGAGAACCAAGGUCCAUCAUCAUCAUCCUCGUCAUCCUCAUCCAGCUCAAAGUAACGCAUCCACACGGUUGCCAUUUGCAUGAGCGGUACCGAAAGACACGUUUAUUCCACUCGUAUCUAUAUAGGGAGACGCUGUAAAUUAAUAUAUGAUGUGAUAUGUUUUUUUUUUCCUCAGUGUUGUCGUUUCAGUCUUUGUCUGUAUCGUGAGGCUCCAGAACCUCUCCAGUCUGCUCUUUUGACUGUAAUAAUAAUGAGCCCCGUCAUGCUUGGAGUGUGCACUUCCAGCUUGAGACAUUUGCACUAAAAUGCAUGUGUGAAUAACUUAACAUCUGUCAUGUCAAGUGGUCUGUCAGAGGGUCAACAAUAGGGGGCUCCCAGUCUCAUGUUCCCUCCUGUUCAGUUUUUUGUUUUUGUUUUAAAUACAUGGUGCAUGCUUGGAGGGACGGUAUUUGUAAAAGGAUGGAAUAAAAUUGUAUCAUCUACUCCAUCGAGGCUAUUUCAGAGAAGUAAAGAGCAAUAAUAACUGAAAAAUGGCUCACUGGUUGCAUCAGCUUACAAAUAAAGAUCCUCAAUAAU